UUUGACAUGCUGCUGGACUCCUGUACAUCUAUAGUGGUACUUUGGAGGUAUUUUAACAAAUCGACAGCUAACACUAAGGGUAAAGAACACAAGGCUAUUAUUAUUUUAGGAAUAUUGUUCAUCGUGUUUUCUAUUGUCAUUACUGUAAAAUGUGUCAUAGCAUUGGUGGAGAAAACCGUCACAGCAGAGGAGCUGAUUCUUGCAGGAAUGAGUGCAGUGGCCGCCGUUGUCAUGACCACUUUAGCUAUCAUUAAAUUUAUAAUUGCUCGGAAGUUGAAAUCACGAAGUAUAUGCUGUGAUGCUUUUAGUUCAGCAAUGGGCGCCGUUAUCAGUUAUGGUAUAAUUCUAAGUGCUAUCAUUUAUGCUAAUUUACAAAUCUGGUACAUCGAUGCAAUUGUUGGUAUUCUUGUAGCUGUCGUGUUGGCAGGCUGGGGUAUAUGGGUUCUUGUCAACGAAAUACAAGAAAUGAAAGCGAGUGGAUAA